AUGGCCAGUGACUGGAGGCGGAUGCAGGCCGGCUCCGUUGGGCUGGCGAGUGAUGCAUCGGAGGAGGCAGGGCUCGGCCGCCGCGAGCCACGUGCCCCCAGCACGGCCAGCUCCUCCCCACGCUCGCCGGCCCCGCAUAAAAGCGCUGCCUUCGGCCAGCGCUGGCAUCCGCCACUCCUGCCUCGCUCUGCUCAGGACAAGGGUAAGUGGGCUCAGCUCUCUCGCACAAAGAUGUCUUGCUACGACCUGUGCCCACCAAAAACCGGCGUCGCCGUCCCCCAGCCCAUCGCCGAGAGCUGCAACGAGCUGUGCGCCCGCCAGUGCCCCGACUCGACGGCCUUCAUCCAGCCGCCCCCCGUCGUCGUCACCUUCCCCGGCCCCAUCCUCAGCUCCUUCCCCCAGCAAGCCGUGGUGGGCUCCUCCGGAGCCCCCGCCUUUGGGGGCUCCCUGGGGCUGGGGGGCCUCUACGGCGCCGGGGCCACGCAGGGCUCGGGCGGCCUCUGCACCUUUGGCAGACCCUACGCUUCUCCCGCCUGCAGCCCUUGCGUCUUGCCCCGCUACAGCAAGAAGCUCUGGGACACCUGUGGGCCCUGCUAG